GUGAAUAGUGAAUUUAUAGUUAUUGAAAGUGAAUGUAACAACUUGAGAGCGUUGAGCCUACGUCCAUAUGAAUUUUCAUUGCUGCAAAAAGUCUUCCUGCACAAGAAGACAAAAAAAGAGUUCUCAGUUGCUUUUUUAUGGGUUUACUAAUCCACCAAAAUUGUUUUAUGUUAACUUGAAGAUUCUCAUGGACAAAGUAUGAUGGGCUGUUUUCUCAACUUUCGCUUCGUGUUCUGAACAUGGAACACGGAGCGAAUAAUAACGUACUGUAUUACAUAAAGCAACACUGCUGCACCCCCAGGACAAAUUUCUCUUAGUGUAUAUUACACAACUGGAAAGAUAACACUGGCGGCUGACGGAUCACUGUUGAGUUUUAGAAUUCGUCUGAUGGGAAAAGACAAUAUAGUUGGUGGUUGAGUUUUAAUUCAAAGAAGUAUCGGUGGCUGCCCUGUAACAUUGACGUGUAUAGAAAUCUUCGUUCUAUGUUAUGUACAAGGUGGUACAAGUACAAUUUUGCUAAAUGUCAACAUUUUUAACAACAUAACCUCGAAUAUGUGUGUUGUAUAUGUUUUAUUGAAUUGAACAAUAAUAAGGUGCAAUAUUACAUAAAGCAACAAUCUUGCACACCAGGACAAAUUUCCCUAAGUGUAUAUUACACAACUGGAAAAGAGUUGGUCAUAUAGCACUGAUACAGGAAGCUGAGGCCAGUAAAUUAAUAAGGACAAGACAAAUAAUAACUGUCCUCACCAACUCUUUCAGCAGCAUGGGGAAAGUUAAGCAGGAGAAAAAAAAGAAAUCCUCAAAUGGGAUCGUAAAACAAGGAAUAAUGUUCAACAAAAAUUUUGGACAGCACAUUCUAAAAAACCCGAUGAUCAUAACAUCCAUGCUCGAAAAAUCUGGACUGAGACCAACAGAUGUGGUUCUUGAAAUAGGUCCGGGUACGGGUAACAUGACUAUACGUCUUCUAGAACAGGUUAAGAAAGUGGUUGCUUGCGAAAUAGAUGUCAGACUGGUUGCCGAGUUACAGAAAAGAGUACAAGGAACACCUGCCCAACAGAAACUCCAGAUACUUGUUGGAGAUGUGCUGAAAACAGAUCUUCCAUUCUUUGACAUUUGUGUGGCAAAUAUUCCUUAUCAGAUAUCCUCACCAUUGGUGUUCAAAUUGUUGUUGCACAGGCCUUUCUUUCGAUGUGCUGUGCUUAUGUUUCAGGAAGAGUUUGCAAAGAGGCUUGUUGCAAAGCCUGGUGACAAACUGUACUGCAGGUUAUCAGUUAAUACACAACUUCUUGCUAGGGUUGACAUAUUGAUGAAGGUAAGUGUAGACGAAAAUUGGUAAUUAUCUGUUUCAAGA